AUGUUUCUCUUCAUGUGUCUGUUGUUUGCACUAAUCACCUCUGAGACAAAGGGCAGUGUGUUACCAUUAGAUGCUCCAACAGAGGUCAUUGAUUACAACAACACUUUCUAUGCCACCUGUGAGAUGAAACCCAGCACCAGUUUGCUUCAGGGUCCACCCCACAUCUACGGACAGGUCUUAUUUAAGCAACUUUACCCAGAUGGGCAGCUGCAGGUACUGGUGAACCUCAGGGGACUCCCUGCAAGGGAGAGUGUAAUGCGUGCCAUCCAUAUCCACCAAUUUGGAGACUUGAGUAAAGGUUGUGGAACUGCCGGACCCCACUUCAAUCCUUCAGGGCAACACCAUGCCAACCACCCGGGGGACCUGGGCAACUUUGGCUCCAGCCAUGGCCAGAUCUGCAUGUUGGUCAGAGCCAAGGCCACGUUGUUUGGAGCUCAGUCAGUGCUUGGGCGUUCAGUGGUGCUCCAUGAUGGGGAGGACGAUAUGGGCAGAGGAGGAGAUGAGGAGAGCUUAAGGAGUGGGAAUGCAGGGCCGAGAAUUGCCUGCUGCAUUGUGGGAGUGAGCAGUUCCAGCCUUUGGGAGAAUACACUGGGACCAGGCUCGGAAAAUCCCACUGAAGAAUAG